AUAGGAGAACCAAGUGCCUCUAAUGGCACAAGCUUCUAUGAGGAUUUUUCAGUAAAUGGCUGACACUAGGAAGCUGACCUCACUCGCUACUUGGGGUCAAUUGUGUAUAUAUAUAUAUAUAUAUAUGUAAGUAUCUUCGUUGAGAAAUUGAGACUCUGUUCUGUUGUAGAAAGCCGAAAGCUUUGGAGCUCUAACCUCUGUAUCUGAGAUACGGAUCUUUCUCUGCUGCUUCUGUUUCAUUUUAUACAGAUUACCCAAAAGAAAAGAAAACUACACAUACAGAAUCUCCCAUGGCUGCAUUUGCAACUGCAGAAGCGUGUGACAGCAACGCAGAACUAAUAUCAAACGGAGACUUACGCGCUCUCCACCCAAUCUUCAAGAUCUAUGGCCAAAGAAGAUGCUUCUCAGGACCAGUCGUGACUCUGAAGGUCUUUGAAGACAAUGUCCUCGUCAGAAACCAACUAGAGACAAAAGGAGAAGGCGGAGUCUUAGUUAUAGACGGUGGUGGAAGCAUGAGAUGUGCACUUGUUGGAGGAAACCUCGGACAGUUAGCUCAGAACAACGGGUGGUCGGGGAUUGUUGUGAAUGGAUGCGUUAGAGAUGUGGAUGAGAUCAAUGAUUGCGAUGUUGGGGUCAGGGCAUUGGGAUCUAACCCAUUGAAGUCUACUAAGAAAGGUCAUGGUGAGAAGAAUGUACCUGUUCAUAUUGGAGGAACUUUGAUUAGAGAUGGAGAGUGGCUAUAUGCUGAUAGUGAUGGUAUCUUGAUCUCCAUGACCGAACUCUCUGUUUGAGUCAGAAGGUUUCCAUGAUAGUGCUAAGAGACUGCAGCUUCUUAAAGCAAGGUGGUUUAUUUGAAUUCUUAGUAAUCUGUUUAAUACUCCAAAUAAUCAUUUCGUGCAAUAUACUUACGUUUUGUGAAAUUAUAUCAUACAAAAUAAAUGUCUAAACGAAUUAAAACAUUUCUUUGUAAUUUCUCUAUUUAGUUCUACAAGUUUGGAAAGACGUGGAUCAUAUGUGAUAGGUAUAAGAGAACUUUCAUUGAA